AGCUCCGUGUGUGGUUACCAGGGGAACGGGAUUUUGUUCUUCGCCACAUUGUUUGUGGGUGAUGAACGCCGAAACAUUUUGUGCUUAUGUUUCCGUAAAAAAAGCCAAAUAUAGAGUAAAUAUUGUCCCCAAUAAUGGGGAAUAAGGCAGUGUCGUAGCAUCGUGGCUGGAGUGUUCCUCCUUAAAACACAGAGUCUCUUGAGGGAAGUCACGCAGCUGCAGCAAGACGGAAACUCUGCUGAUGUCUCCGGAACUUUGACUCGUUCAGCCUUCCUUCAAAAUGCCGUCUAGCCAGAUUCUGCAGCCAGUUCUCAAAAUGAAGGUGGACGAGCUCUUCCUCACCUGGCUGAGUGACAGCAAAACCCAGAAGGUCCUGAAGGACUACCUGGAGCUCAUAAAGAAUGGACAGCAGUGUGACCUCAGCGACAUGGGCACCAAGGAGAAAAGAACACUGUCUUUCAAUGAGAACAACAACGUGGCGUCCCAAAAGAACUGCGUGGUGGAGAAGAAGAAGCCCAUUGUCUUGAGCCCCCCGUCUGCCGCCACCUUGCCCUCGGGUUGCAUCGGCGGGACCAGGGUAACGGGACCCCACGGCAGGAUACUACGGAGGUCUGUCAGCUCCAAAAAGGCACAGGUGAGGACAGAGCAGCCCGUCACCAACCCUCUGAGCGAAAGCAUUCCAAAGUUCUACUUCCCGUUGGGUCGGCCCCAAGCCAACCUCAACAUCGACAGCCUCAUUUCCAAAGUCGAGGCGAUGUUUUGCCAAUUCCCCAAUGAAAGGGCCACCAUUGAAGACAUGGGGCAGGUUGCCAAGGCCUGCGAGUGUCCCCUCUACUGGAAGAUGCCAUUGUUCUGCUCGACUGGAGGCGACAGGACGGGUUUCGUGUCUGUUCACAAGUUCGUGGCGAUGUGGAGGAAAAUGUUGCAGACCUGUCACGACGACGCGGCCAAAUUCGUGCACCUCCUGGCCAAGCCUGGCUGCAAUUACCUUGAACAAGACGACUUUAUUCCCUUCCUGCAGGAUGUGGUCAACUCUCACGCUGGCUUGGCCUUCCUGAAAGAGGCACCAGACUUCCACUCAAGAUACAUCACCACGGUGAUCCAAAGGAUCUUUUACAACGUAAACCGCUCCUGGACCGGCAAAAUAACUUGUUUGGAGCUGCGCAAAAGUAACUUCCUUCAGAACGUGGCGUUGUUGGGGCAAGAAGAAGACGUGAACCAGCUGACCGAGUUUUUCUCCUACGAACAUUUUUACGUCAUCUACUGCAAGUUUUGGGAGCUGGACACUGACCACGACCUGUACAUCGACCAGAAGGACCUGGCGCAACACAACGAUCAAGCCAUCUCCCAAAAGAUGAUCGAGAGAAUAUUCUCAGGAACAGUAACAAAGGACAGACGUGUCUUCAAGGAGGGACGCUUGAGCUAUGCAGAUUUCGUUUGGUUCCUCAUCUCAGAGGAAGACAAGAAAACGGACACCAGUAUAGAGUACUGGUUCCGCUGCAUGGACCUGGACGGGGACGGUGUGCUGAGCAUGUACGAGAUGGAGUUCUUCUACGAGGAGCAGUGCCUGAAGUUGGACAGCAUGGCCAUCGAGCCGCUGCCCUUUGAGGACUGCCUCUGCCAAAUGCUCGACCUCGUCAAGCCGGAAGUCAAAGAAAACAGACAGCGCCCUCUGCUGGAUGGAGGUAUUUACUGCUGUGAUGAUGAUGAUGCUGCUGCAGGUCAAAUCACCCUGCGUGACCUGAAGAAGUGCAAGUUGUCACACAUCUUCUUCGACACCUUCUUCAACAUCGAGAAGUACCUGGACCACGAGCAGAGGGACCCCUUCUCCGUCAUCAAGGAAGUGGAGACAGAUGGCCAGGAAAUGUCGGACUGGGAGAGAUACGCCGCAGAGGAGUACGACAUCCUGGUGGCCGAAGAGGCCGCCGCCGCCGAUCACGGCAAUGAGUACGACAACCCGCUGAGUCCUUUAGAAGCUCACAUCUCGGCUGACAUGCCUCUGAGGAAGAGACACUUCUUUCAGAUCCCAAACCCUCACUGCAACCUGGACCUGGAUGAAUACGAGGAUGACUUUGAAGAAUGACAUGCCUCCAUGAGACAAAGAUCAGUAAAACACUGUUUUCUUCUUCUACCAGCAUGAAGAAGUUGCUAAAAACGUUGAAUAUUGGACUGGGAUAGUCUCCGCCUCCACGCUAUCAUUGGCUAACUUGACAUUCCAGUGAUCGUACCGGAAGCUUCUGUACAAAAACAUGACCUGCUUGGUGUGCGCGCGUGAGAUGGGUGAUUUAAUUUAUAAAAGACUGUAAAUAUUUCUUUGCUGUGAUGUAAAUGAACACAUUAUUUUAUAUGUCAUCAACGUAAUAAAGAAAGCCUCAAUGACUA